AUGGGCAAGGUGGUAGCGAUCAUCGGCAUCACCGUGGCGGUCGUCUUCGCCCUGGUGAGCAUUCUCAACAUCGGUCUCUACGGCGGCGCCAUGGACCUGGAGCUCGACGUGUGCAAGGGGCCGUGCCGCGAGCGCACCGGCGCGGUGGGCAUCGUGGCCGGCGUGCUGGGCUUCCUGCUCAGCCUGGUGGUCAUCGCCGCCCUCAUACUGCCCCUCGUGGUGCCGGCCAUGGCCGAGCCGAUGCCCAGCCUCAUCCUCAAGCUGCUCCUGCUCGUGUGCCUCUUCGUCGUGAUCGCCUUCUACAUCGCGGCCUGGUCGCUCAUGGCCAAGGACAUCCACGACUUCCGCGACGCGCUCCCCAGCGGCGCGUGCGACGACAUGGCGCCCGACGUGUGGAACACGGCGCUCGCGUUCGGCCUCUUCGGCUUCUUCAUCGGCAUCGUCCUGUUCGUGGUCAUCUGCGUCGCGCUCGUGGUCGACCGCGGUGACGGCGGCGGAGGUGGCGGCGGCGGUGGCAACCCGGCCAAGAGCGAGUACGACUGA